UUUAUUUUUAGGUUAUAAAAUUAUAAACAACAUUAAACGAAUUAAACGCGUAUUUUCAAAUAUUGUAAAACUUAUAUAAAAAUUUUGAAUAUUUAAUCAUGUCGCUUAUGAUUGUGAGUAAAAAUAGCAUUAUCGUUUCUAAAGAAGCCUACAUUGAUUAUUACGAUUAUUGUAAACAUACAGUUUUACACAUUACAUCAAGCACACCAGAAAAUGAAUCAAUUACUGAUAUCAUUGUAUCCUCGGACGAACAAUUUCUAGCUGUAUUAUUAUCCAAAACAGUUAUCAUAUACGAGUUAAUAAAUUUGAAGAAUAUCAAAAAAAUUGUUCUUCCAAGAAGUGCUAGUAAAAUAAGAUUCGAUGUAUCUAAUAAAAAACUAUUUGUAGCAGAUAAAACUGGUGAUGUAUUAAUCUUUGAAUUGAAUGAAGACAGUGGAUCAAAACUCUUAGGUCAUUUGAGUCUUUUAUUGAAUGUACUGCAAACCAAUGAUGGUAAAUACAUUAUAACCUCAGACAGAGAUGAAAAGAUCAGAGUAUCUUGUUAUCCUAAUACUUACAAUAUUCAAACAUACUGUUUAGGUCAUAAAGAAUUUGUUAAUCAUAUAGAACUUAUGCCACACAAUGAUGCAUACUUGACAAGUACUUCAGGAGAUGGGACUGUUAAAUUCUGGAACUAUAUUAAUGGUACUCUUUUACACACUAUCGACACGUUUAUGGACUUAAAAGACAACGAUGGAAUAAAGCGAGAAUUCAGUAAGCUAAUGGACGAAGAAGGGAUAGAAAUAAACAGUUUACCAAUAGUUGAUUAUACAAUAACCAAGUACAAUGAAUUUUCUAGCCUUAUAGCAGUGGCUAUUCAUUCAUACAUGAAAGUUUUAGUAUAUCAAGUAAGCGUGAUAAAUAAUAAAUUUACACACAAGCUUGUAACACAUAUUUGUGUGAAUAAUUUUCCUACUGCUAUUAAAUUCCUGAACUUGACACUGUUUGUGUAUGAUGGUGUAGAUUCAGUAAUAAAUGAAUACCCAGUUGUAGUGGAUAAUGAAAACAUUUCAUUGAAUUUGUGCAAAAAAAUUGAAGCGUUCCAAAAUAUGGAAGUAGAAUUAAGUCCAUUUGACCAUAGCUCAAUCAAAUUAUUAUUCAAAAGAAAAUUUGAUAAUGUGCAAGAGUAUCAAGAAAGAAAGAAACUUAGAAUGGAAAAACCUAGUAAUUAAGGCACAAUAAUUAUAAUAAAUAAUUUAAAUAAA